GGAGUCGAGAGGGCCGGGCCCGCGGGCUGCGGCGGCGCUGGACUUGGCGCUGUUGCUGGUGGAGGCGACAUGCAGGCCGACGCGAGGCUGGAGCGCGGCAGCCGGGUCCUGACGCCGCAGUCGGCGCCGAGCUUGGAGCCGGACCCGGAGCUGGGCCCGGACCCAGAGGAGGACGCGCGGGCCGGGGCCACGUUCGCGGCGCUGCACGGCCCGGCGCUGCGCGCGUCGGGGGUCCCCGAGCGGUACUGGGACCGCCUCCUGCACAAGCUGGAGCACGAGGUUUUCGACGCUGGGGAGAUGUUCGGGAUAAUGCAGGUGGAGGAAGUGGAGGAGGAUGAGAGCGAGGGCGACGCGGCCCGGGAAGUGCGGAAGAAGCCCAACCCCGGCGGCCAGCUCUGCUACAAGGUCAUCGUGACCAACGAGAAUGGGCUUCAGGCGGCUGACCCCAACAGCAUCUUCCUUAUCGACCACGCCUGGACGUGCCGCGUGGCGCACGCCCGCCAGCAGCUGCAGCAGGUGCCCGGCCUGCUGCACCGCAUGGCCAACCUGAUGGGCGUCGAGUUCCACGGCGAGCUGCCCAGCACCGAGGCCGUGGACCUGGUGCUGGAGGAGAUGUGGAAGUUCAACCAGACCUACCAGCUGGCCCACGGGACGGCCGAGGAGAAGGUGCCCGUGUGGUACAUCAUGGACGAGUUCGGCUCGCGCAUCCAGCACGCGGACGUGCCCAGCUUCGCCACCGCGCCCUUCUUCUACAUGCCCCAGCGGGUGGCCUACACGCUGCUGUGGCCCCUGAGGGACCUGGACACGGGCGAGGAGGUGACGCGGGACUUUGCCUACGGAGAGGCCGACCCUCUGAUCCGGAGGUGCGUGCUGCUGCCCUGGGCCCCCGCCGACCUGCUGGACCUCAGCUCCUCCACGCCCGAGCCACCCGAGGAGCACUACCAGGCCAUUUUGGAGGAAAAUAAGGAGACGCUGCCACUGGCCGUCAAGCCGGCGGUGUAUCCCUGCGACCACGUCUUCAAGGUCUACACGGACGUCCGGCAGGUGCUCAGCCACCUCAGCCACCCGCGCUUCACCUUCACCCAGAGCGAGGCGGACGCCCACAUCCUCUUCCACUUCUCGCACUUCAAGGACUACAGAAGGCUGAGCCGGGAGAGGCCCAGCGUGCUGCUGAACCAGUUCCCCUGCGAGAACCUGCUGACGGUGAAGGACUGCCUGGCCUCCGUCGCGCGCCGGGCCGGCGGCCCCGAGGGCCCGGCCUGGCUGCCCCGCACCUUCAACCUGCGCACCGAGCUGCCCCAGUUCGUCAGCUACUUCCAGCAGCGAGAGAGGCGGGGCGAGGACAACCACUGGAUCUGCAAGCCCUGGAACCUGGCCCGCAGCCUGGACACCCACAUCACCAAGAGCCUGCACAGCAUCAUCCGGCACCGCGAGAGCUCCCCCAAGGUUGUGUCCAAAUACAUUGAAAGUCCCGUCUUGUUCCUUCGAGAAGAUGUGGGGAGGGUCAAGUUCGACAUCCGCUACAUCGUGCUCCUGCGGUCGGUGAAGCCCCUGACGUUGUUCGUCUAUGACGUGUUCUGGCUGCGGUUCUCCAACCGGCCCUUCGCACUCAACGACCUGGACGACUACGAGAAGCAUUUCACUGUCAUGAACUACGACCCAGAAUUGGUGCUGAAGCAGAUGCACUACGAUGAGUUCAUCCCGGAGUUUGAGAAGCAGUACCCAGAAUUUCCCUGGAAGAGCGUCCAGGCUGAAAUCUUCCAGGCCGUCACGGAGCUGUUCCAGGUGGCGUGUGCCAGGCCGCCCCCGCUGGGCCUCUGCGACUACCCCUCAUCCCGGGCCAUGUAUGCCGUCGACCUCAUGCUGAAGUGGGACAGCCGUCCAGAUGGUGCGGGGGCUCCCCUGCCCCGUAAUCCAAAGUGCCCUCCCCACUUACCCAAAGGGAAGCGAGUGAUGCAGCCGCAGCUCCUAGAGGUGAACUUCAACCCAGACUGUGAGCGGGCCUGCAGGCACUACCCGGCCUUCUUCAACGACGUCUUCAGCACCUUGUACCUGGACGAGCCUGACAGCUGCCCCGUCACCCGCCUCGUCUAGGCGCCCGCUGGCCCUUCCGUGGGUGCUCGUGGCGGACUGCAGCCUCAGUUCCCGGAGCUGCUUCGGCGCCGUGCCCCCGCCCCCCGCCUCCGCUCCUCCUCCCCCAACCCUGUGAGCCGUGGCCCCAGCCUCACACCCUGGGCGCUCGCGGGCCCCCUCCCCCGUGGGCCAGGAGCAGGGCCAGUCCUGCUGCCCCCGGGGCUGAGUGCUAGGCCCCUGCUCACACCCGCCUCGCUGCCGUCUGGGCGGUGAUUAGUCUCAGUUCAGCCAAGGGCUUUAUUCCGGAGAGUUUGGUUCAUGGGGUGCUGUGCUUCCAGAGGGCGUUACCGAAAGGGGUCUGGGGAGCACGACGCGGUGUUCUCAGAAACGAGCUUCCCUAGGAGCGCCCAUGGGAGCCCAGCGGUUAACAGGCCCAGACUGGCUGCUUCCCACGCUCCGCCCCAGGCCCUGUGACAGGCGUCCCCAGGUCCCCCUAGGAGCCUGCUUCUCAGACCCAGCCUUCUCCCCCUUCACCAGCAACCUCCCUCGAGGCUCCGGGGCAGGACAGCCACUGCCUUUGGUUGCCGUUGCCUUUCCGUCUGGCCCCGUGGACAGGGCCAGAUGUGGUACCAGCACCUCCCCGCCCGCUGGGCGCUGCAGUGUUUCCAGCCCCGCCUGAGGUUGGCUGGGACGCUCCAGUGAGGGGACUCGGGGACAGGUGUGGGCAGCAGAGCGCCAGGCAGCGGGCGGCCGAGAAAGAUGCUUCCCGGGAGAAUGCCGUCUUCCACCAGCUAGAGUCAGAAGGCAGGGGUUUUGUAACUUCUUCAUUUAUGGGAAGAAAAUACAAAAUUUUCGUUCUUUCCUUAAUUUUGUUUCUGAAGUUUUGAGUCAGUUUCCAGGGUGGUUUGUGUUGCCACGGUGUACCCAGCCCAGCUAACCAGACGGCGGGUCUGACUUUCGUGGAGGAGCUGCCUGCAGAGCUUUCACGGGUGUGUACACGUGUGCGCGUGCGUGCCGUGUGUGUGUGCGCGUGUAUGCGUGCAUGUGUUGGGAGGUACUUGUUUCAUUCUGAAGCCAAGAGUGAUCCUUGUAGCAAAACUGGACUUGACUGCGCCUCCCACUUCCGUGUCUUUUGGGGUGUGUCCGUCCACUGUCUGUGCUAACCAGAAGUUCAGCCUGUGUUCUGGGAAACACCCUUUCCUCCAACCAAGUAGAGGGUUAGAGGGCAGGACACCUCAUCUCUGGUUUUCUCCGUGGGAGAGCUGCUGCGUCCUGUCCCCUCCUGGACUUGAUUUGUACCGCAAUAAAGUAUGCCUUCUCUACUUUUGCCUCCCUUUCUCUUUGGGGGCCCUGGAACCACAGGCCUGCAUGGUGUAUCAGUUGUUUUCCUUGCACAUUGUCAAAGAAAACCAAAAUAUCAGGACGUAUGCUUUGAGAAACAGAAGAAAUGGGAUAGUAUUUAGGCCUCCAAGUCCCUGUCUUUGUUUGGGCUGCUAUAACGAAAUAUCAUAAACUGGGUGA